CCCACACUCCACACUUCUAGCACUCCUCCCUUUCUAGGCUUCUCCUUGUUGUGUAAUUAUACCUUCGCAGUUACCGGUAUACAACUUGUGGACUUGCGUAAGAACAACGUUUUUGACACCACAAAACUAUUUCCUGGCAUGUAGAUACUGCUGACACAGCCAUUUGGCUAAGGUGUAGCCGCCAUGUAUUCGCGCCCAUCGCGGAAUUUCCGCAAGCCUAGCAUAGUAAUUCGCACAAAUGAGCCGGACUACAUGGUAUUUGAGCUUAAGAAUACAGAUGUCAGUGCUGCAAACGCCUUGCGGCGUGUCAUGAUAGCUGAAGUGCCGACCAUCGCCAUCGAUCUGGUGGAGAUGGAAAACAACACAACUGUACUUAAUGACGAGUUCCUGGCGCAUCGGCUGGGACUGUUGCCGCUUGUAUCCACCGAAGCGGUUGCCUGGAAGCGGCCAUUUGAAUGGUCGAGCGACGCAGACAUGAUAGAAACGGCGUUUGCUCUGGACGUCAAUUGCACAGUGGACGGUGUCAUGGAUGUAACCAGCAACGACCUGAUUCCCUUGAAUCCGGAGCACCGUGUCAUCCCCGUCAACUACCAGCUUGACGAGAAGCCCAUCGUCAUUUGCAAAAUGCGCCGCGGGCAGCAGCUGAAGCUUGUGGCACGGGCACGGAAAGGCAUUGGCAAGGACCAUGCCAAGUUCAUCCCCGUCGCUACCGCGGUCUUCCAGUAUAAGCCGCAGAUUACGCUGUCCCACAGCGCCAUGGCGGAGAUGACGGACGAUGAGAAGCAGGCCUUUGUGAACAGCGACCCCUCGAAGACCUUCAAGUUCAAUCCCAUCACGCGCAUGAUCGAGGUGGACAACGAGGAGUCGUACAUGUACGACGAGGAGUGCCUGGUGAAGGCGCGGGAGCUGGGCCGACCCGACCUGGUCACUAUCACGCAGAAGCAGGACCACUUCAUCUUCCGCGUGGAGGGCACUGGGGUGCUGCGUGUGGCGGACGUUGUACGGCAGGGCAUUGAGAUCCUGCACAAGAAGUGCAUGGAUCUGGAGGCGGGCGUGCAGGAGGCGCUAGCGGUGGCCAAGGGGCAGCCGCUGCCCGUGUCGGCGGGCGG